AUUUAAAUUCAUUUUCUGUUGAUAAGAAUGCAGCCUUCUGCUUUGCAUAGUUUUGUAUAUGUGAUUAUCAGGUCUAGUGGCGCCAUCUAUAAGCAAUGUGCUCUUUGCGCUAACCUGUGCGGUGGGCCGGUGGCGCAUUCUCUUGAACACCUGGUGGCCCUCGUGGUGUGGUGGUGGAAGAAGAGGGCGAUGACGAAGCAGACGGACAGGACGGGACAUCCCAGUAGCGAUCCAUUGAUUGCCGACUGCAAUAUCUGCUUGAAAAGUGCAACAUCUGGAACCUUGGAUACCAUCUCACCUUCCUCUCCGCCCCCCUCAUCCUCACCCCCUUACAACCUCAUGCCCCAUUCCGGCGAGGUCCAAGUGGUGGCGGUUAUCACGGAUUGGGAUGUGCGGGACCGCCUGAGGUGGGGGAGAAGGACAGCGAGGGGUGGAAGUCUCGCCGCAGCUGGUGGCGGCGCCGCCGCAGGCCCUCCAGGGCGGCAUGCGCUUCAGCCUUCAGGCAGGGCGUGCACCAUGCAGGAGAGGGAGAUCGUUCCGAGCUCGCCAGGAGGAUGGCCGGGAGAGAUCCCCGCCCUUGUGCAGACGCUGCCGCCUCUGACCCGCCGCUGCACAUCUUCAAUCGCCGGCCGGGUCGCCGGGAAAGCAGCCGGAGGCGGGACAUGGCCGCGGCCCCGUCUGGUGUUCGCCGCAACAUAACAGGCUUUCCGUGGGCCUCCAAACAUCUCGGCCCGUACAUGUCGAAGUAGUUGACCUAGUAAACGGCCCACUGCCUAGACAGCACAUGGACACAUGGAUGGGCCGACAACAUCACGGCCUGUUCAGAGACCGCACCAUCGGUCUAUCGCGCUCACCCGCCCAGUCACGGUCUCACGGAGGCGUAGAAGUGAUCGAAGUGUUAAAUCCUAGAUUUCACACUGCUAAUUGUAUUUCUUUUAAUGGUAGAUGUACACGUUGACGGCAAGGCGCAUGUAAUAAUUUUAUUAAUCUUAAGAUAUACCGAUCCAGUCUUCCGGAGGUGUUUAUAGGGAUAGGAUGAGUAUGUGCGCGUUGUGAGCGCUUGUGUUUGUGCUGUGUUUUUUAAAAAUGAAAAAUGGUUUUGCGACUAAACUACAUGUUGGUGACGUGACGCUGGCAAAGUAUGCACGGCAGCUAGCUGGCCAGCUGGUGCUAUCGGAUUUGUAUGUUUCGUGGUACUUCUGUGUUCAUCGUCUGACCAGGGCACGGCCGCGACAACGACGCAUGUACACUUGUUCACAGCCAGUUCAAUCUCUAAGUGCGAUUGACGUCUCGCACGAUUACGAUGCCAAGUUGUCAAUGGCUUCGUUUCAACAAAAAAACAUUUGCCUUGACUUGAAUAAUCUACCUUUCUGGCCAUAGGCAGAUAGCCAGAUAUGUAGGAAGUUUUUAAAAAUCGAGCUUACAAAAGGGCAUUUUCCCUAAGCAUAAAGUCCAAUCGAAGAUUGUAAAUCUUCUUGUGCUCAAACAAAGGAUCUCUGUCUGAGUCAGACAGUCAUAAAAUUAGUUGUUUCAAGCAUACAACAAUCAAAGGCGCCAAAAUGUGUACCAGGCAAGCUCGACGACGGUACUACGAGACAUCGUUACUCGUACUGAUGCUCCUCCUCCUCCUACAAGCUAGGCUCGCGCAAUCGCUUCCUCCAUGCUCGCCGGACCAGGCCACGGCGCUGCUCCAGCUGAAGCGGUCGUUCACCGUGAACACCGCGUCGGCCACCGCCUUCCGGUCAUGGCGCGCUGGCACCGACUGCUGCCACUGGGCGGGCGUCCGCUGCGACGACGACGACAACGACGCCGCCGCGAGCGGGAGCACCGGCCGCCGCGCCACUUCCCUCGAUCUCGGCGGCCGCGGCCUGCAGAGCGGCGGCCUUGACGCUGCCGUCUUCAGCCUCACGUCGCUGGGGUAUCUCAACCUCGGCGGCAACGACUUCAACGCGUCACGGCUCCCGGCCGUCGGGUUCGAGCGGCUCACCGAGCUGACCCAUCUCAACAUCUCCCCACCCAGCUUCACAGGCCAGAUACCGGCAGGUUCCAUGGCAGCAUUCCUGAAACUAUUGCCACACUAAGCGUGCUCAGUGGUCUCAACAUGUCACAUAAUGCUCUUACAGGACCAAUUCCCAACCAGCUUGCUAGUCUGCAUCAACUUGAGUCUUUGGACCUCUCUUCAAAUAAGCUUUCUGGGGAGAUCCCUCAAAAAUUAGCAUCCUUGGACUUCCUAUCAACAUUGAACCUAUCAAAUAAUAUGCUGGAGGGAAGAAUACCAGAGUCACCUCAUUUCUUGACACUCCACAAUAGUUCAUUUAUAAGAAAUGCUGGUUUGUGUGGGCCUCCACUGUCAAACGAAUGCAGCAACAAAUCAACAUCUUCUGAAGAGAAAUCUGUAGACGUUAUGCUAUUUCUCUUCGUUGGAUUGGGUUUUGGUGUUGGGUUCGCUAUUGCAGUUGUAGUUUCAUGGAAACCUUGCAUUGGCAAAUAAUCUUUGAAGGAAUCCACCCUUUUUUUAUAUUUAUCUGUUCAGGAGUCUGCCAGUCUGCUUCCCCUUGUAAUUUUAGCUGUAAUUGUAGCUAGCAUGUAUAUAAUACUAUGUGCAUGGACAACA